GAUUGACCUUGACACAGCUCAAAAAGUUUGGUAAUUUUGGAAAACUGACUGGUUUCAUUCUCGAAGAAUUCUAGGAAUCAGCUUUCAAAACCUUUAAAUAUCACAAUGCUCAUAGAUGAAAACCCUCGGUGGAACUGACCGUGAUCUGUUCUCAUGGAGUUUAAAAAAGCUAAAGUUGUCGUAGGAGGCGAUUCCGGUGUUGGUAAAACAGCUUUGGUACACUUAAUAUGCAAUCAACAAACUCUCCUUCAUCCUUCGUACACAAUUGGUUGUAGUGUGGAUAUAAAAAUUCAUGUAUAUAACAGUGAUCCUGAAAAAGAACAUCCAUAUUUUAUUGAAUUAUGGGACAUUGGCGGAUCAAACAGUCAUGAGAAUACUCGUUCAAUCUUCUAUCAAAAUUUACACGGACUAAUAUUAGUCUACGAUUGUACAAAUAAGAAAUCACAAUUAAAUUUAAGAAAAUGGUUAUCUGAUGUAUUGGGGAAACCAGUUUUAAAAAGACCGGAGACAGAUAUUGGAGGAGUAACAGCGGCUGCAGAUGGUAUCACUGCUCCUAUUACUACUAGUAGUAGUUAUUGUGGCGGUGUAAGUAGUGAAAAAUAUGGUAAUCUAAAAGCAAAUAUAACAAAUCAAAUGACCACUCUUCUGCCUAUCUUAAAUACAGAAACUUUGGUCAGUCGAUCUUUCACAUCGUCAUCGGAAUCACAAACAAGUAACAAUAAUCAGCAUAAUAUAAACUAUAUAACUAGCACGGUCUAUCCACCUAUUCUUGUUAUUGGUACAAAAUUCGAUUUACUCAGUUCACAUAGUCGACGGUCGGUGAAUAAAUUCACAUCACGUUUUAAUCUAUCUACGUCACCAUAUAUCCAAAAUGAAUUACCAUCAGCUGGUAAUUAUCAUCCAUGUGUUCCAAUGACGCCCAGAUCAUGUAUAUCGUCUGUGCAGUUUUUUGGAAAUACUACACCAUCAACAACAACGUCAUUAUCGUCAUCGUCAACAUCAUGGAACUUAACAUAUCGUAAUAAUUAUGCAAGUGGCAGUGUUGGUGAUGAUCGCGAACCAACAAGUUUAAUGCCACAAUCGUUGUCAUCAUCAUCAACUCAACAAAGUGUAUAUAUUGAUUUAAGUGAUAGUCAAAGAUUUUCAUCAUCUUCAUCGUCAUUGUUGACUUCACCAACAAAAGACAAGACAUGGAAUUUCGCCACAGAGUAUGGUUUUUCAGAAAUUCUACUAAAUUGUAAUUCAGUCACUAGUAUAAGUCCCGGAAGUCCACAAGAUCUUCUAUUAAAUCGAUUUUUUGAUGAGGUAAUCAAUUACAAAGUGUUUUCCAUGUCAAUGAAUUGUAAUUUAUCACCUGAUCUAUCCCGAGUUAAACGACGUCCAGUGGAUUCACGCAACAAUAUGUAUAAAUACAAUUGAAUUGUGUAUAUUUAUACAUACAAACUCUGUAUAUUGAUGAUAUGUGAGUGAUGGUGGUAUUGUUGGACCACCACAUUGUUAUCGUUGUUCUUAUUUCCACUUCCACUAAUUACUCUUAAAUUUUUCUUGAUAAUUCCAUGUCGUGUCGAUUUAAUGUGGCAACUCAAACCAAUCUAUAUAUAUACCAGGUGUUACGGUGCCUAUAACCGACUAACUUUUAAGCCUCAUGAACUUUCUUGAAUUACCGUAACCUACUCUAAUUUUGGAGUGAUACGUAAAGUUUGUUUGAUGUUUUUGCAAUUUAAGCCCAUAUUUGGUGCAAUGAAAAUACUACACAGCAGUUGACUCUGUAUUACUAUUAUGUUGUUGUGAAGUAUAACCUUUUGAGGUAUACUAUAUCGGGAUUUCUCACGCACAAUAGAACAAAUGAGUGAGCAUUUUCUGUGUUACACAUAGGCCGUUAUGUAGCGAUAGUAAACCGACCGAUAAUCUUUUGGAUUUUCACCAAUUAAUCUAGUUGAGACCUAUGUUAUACUUCUAUCUAUCCGCCACCUGUCUCAGCAUACAGUCCUACAUAGUCUAAGAGUAAGUUUGGAUAAAACUGGGGUGUGAUCAAACAAAGUUGUAGCAUCAGUUGAUGAAGUCGUUUGGUGAGUACUAGAAAACGUACACUUCUUGGUUUAAGGCUCAUCCUAUAAAUUUGAUUUAUCGCUACAUGGUUUGUUAUCGGUUCACUUGUACUAUGUUAUCAGUCAGUCAGUAACAACGUAGACCUUCGUACGUAUGUACAUCAGUUCGAGUUGCCAUAUCACAUUAGCACAGAGAUGCAGUUGUCGACUCCAAUUCCGUAGUGGUAGAGGUAGUAAGAGUAUAAGCAGUAAUCGGAAAGAUCAGGGUUUGAAGAUGUUACUCAAGGAGUAUAAUCCAGUGAAAUAAAUUUGCGAAGAAAAUAAGGAACAUGAAGAAUCCAGAAGAUUAGAAUGUGGGAGAGCACAAAGAGUGGAUGCACUUGCGCCAUUGCAAACGAUUUUGAGCCAUUUCAUUCAGGGUAUCUAACCAUUGGUUGCUAUCAUCUCGCGGUCCCUAACCAGGUAGUCUACACCUACCAACAUGGCUCAGUUCAUUUGUCAGUGACUUCAUGGUUUUGUGCCAUGUUUUGGUCUGACCGCCCCUAGCUUUCUUCCAACCUACUCCUACACCAUAAAACAUAGCACGUCAUCGUUACCAUAACUAUUCGUAUUAAAAGAUUGUACAUUGAACUUCAUUUAUGCUCGUUUUUAUUUUUCUAUAGACAAUUUUGACAUUGAUCACUUUUGUUUUUUUCUCGUUCUCAUUCAAGUUUUUCACAGGAAACUUCCUUCU